GUAGCGUUGACGUCAUCGUUUAAAGGUACCCGGAUCAACACCCAACAAUCCUGGACUUCUGUUGCUGUGCAAUGCUGAAAGAUGGUUAAACUGAUUUACCGGUGAUGUCCCUGAGCCCAUGUGACCACCUGUUGUUACGGCCCUAGCAGCAGCCAGCAAGGGGCGUAACUCGGCUCUUUCCAAACGCAGCCACAGUUGGUCCUCCUGCAGGACACGCCCCCUGCCACCCUGUCCCUCUCUCCACCUUGCCCCCAGCAGCCCAGACUCUGGAUGCGGGCAUCAUGUCUUGCCGAGACCGCACCAGUGAGUUUAUGUCUGUCUGCGAAUCCCUGGAGGGGAGACGGAACGGGAUCCAGACAUGUAAACCAGUCCCUAAUGCCAUCAGACAGCGCAGUGACUUUACUGUCAUGGCAAAGAGAAUAGGAAAGGACUUGAACAAUACUUUUGCCAAACUGGAAAAGCUGACAAUCUUUGCCAAGAGAAAAUCGUUGUUUGAUGACAAAGCUGUGGAGAUUGAAGAGCUGACAUACAUCAUUAAACAGGACAUCACCAGCCUGAAUAAGCAGAUAGCGCAGUUACAGGAGCUGGUGCGCUCCCGUAGCAGUCAGAAUGGAAGACAUGUCCAAACACACUCCAACAGCAUCAUGGUCUCGCUGCAGUCCAAACUGGCGUCUAUGUCAAAUGACUUCAAAUCAGUGCUGGAGGUGAGAACAGAGAAUCUUAAGCAGCAGCACAGUAGAAGAGAGCAGUUUUCCCAGUCCCUGCUCCCAGCCUUCCCUCUAGAAACCAGCAACCCCAACAGUUCGCUGUUGAUGCUGGAAGAUGCAAGGAGAUCUAUGGACGUGUCUAUAGACAUGGACUCUCGGUCCAGUCAGCAGCUGCUGCUCAUAAACGAACAGGACUCGUACAUCCAGAGCCGGGCAGACACCAUGCAGAACAUUGAGUCGACCAUUGUUGAGCUGGGCUUCAUAUUUCAGCAGCUGGCACACAUGGUGAAAGAGCAGGAGGAGACGGUACAGAGGAUUGAUGCCAAUGUGGAGGACACCCAGCUCAACGUGGUCGCCGCCCAUGCCGAGAUACUCAAAUACUUCCAGUCCGUUUCCUCAAAUCGCUGGCUACUUAUCAAAAUCUUCCUCAUCCUCAUUGUCUUCUUCAUUGUCUUUGUUGUCUUCUUGGCUUAAGAGCAGAUAAGGAGGCAGUGACAGAUUAUUUGGGAGACUUAGAGAAGAGAUUUGCCCUUAAUGUGGGAAGCACCUUGAAGCAAGAGAAAUAUGUGGUGGGGUGUUAAUUCUUGAAGGGCAGAAAGAGUAAUGCGCAUGUGAAAAUCUAGAGGCCUUAGUGUGUGUUAAUCCUUUCUCUCCUUCUAUAUCACUCUCUUUCAUGAGAGAUCUUAAAUGUACUGAUUUAUGGAAUGCUUUAUUUCUCAGACGUGGGUUGUAUAAACUGUAUCACUUCAACACCUUUCGGGUACUUUAAAGCAUUUAAGAUUUGAUGUUGCAGCUGCAGGAAGGCAACUAAACAAUGAAAGACUGCCCUCCAGCAGGCAUUUUGUGAAACUUGAGAAUUUCACAGAUACGGAUAAAUCAAAAAACACAGAUACUGUUAAAUCCUGACCUAAGACAAAGUCAUACAUUUAAAUGUAUGACUUGCUCAUUGUUGCCUUUUAGGGUGGAAGUUCACUUUUUGGUUUAGUUUGAUCUUUCUUCCUGCAAAUAACCCGAAAAUUUAUUUUAAAGGUUUUUGUGGACAGUCAAGACCAAAGUCACUCCUUUAUCCACCUGCUGUGUUCCCCCUCUUUCACUUACAUUUCCUACCUCUCCAAAUGUUAAGAACUAAUGUGAAUUUAAGGAUGGUCUAACCUUAUUUAAUUUUAUUUUAACUUAUUUAAAAGAAAAAAUAUCUUUUUGCUUAUUUAACUUUAACUUUUGCUAAAUUUUACUUUAACUUUGUAUUUACCUUGAUGACAAUUUAUUUUUUUUGAAAUUCCAUUUAAAUUAUUUUCAGCUAAGGGUUUCUAUGGUUUUAAUUGUAAAUAAUAUGUUGAAAAUAUACGCAUCUUAUUAAAAAAAA